GAAUGCAAACCCUAGAAGCAGCUUACAAAGAUAAGGACAGACAACUUCAAGAAGAAAAGGCAAAAUUCACAAAACUUAAGGAAGAUUUCAAAUACAACCUGAAAGUGCUUGAGGAGAGAGACAAGGAACUAGAAACAUAUGAUUUAACUUUCAGUGAGCUAAAGUCCAGUCUGAAUGUAAAGAAUGGAGAGAUGAGUGAGAUGAAGAUCAAGUUAGACGACAUGAAAACAUGGAGUGACAGAGAGAACCAAGCACGGGAAGAACUCCAGCUUCAUUAUCAACAGAGGUUGAAAGAGAAACAGGCAGAAAUUGAUUCCUACAGAUGUUCCAAAGAUUCUGAGCUGCAACAGGAAAGGAAAGAAUUUGAAAACUUCAAGAGAACUCUUCAAAGGAAAUUGACAGAAGUUGAGGAAGAACUGGAUACACAACGCAGAGAAUUGAGUGCAGAAUUUGACGAUGCCUUGAAGAGGAGAGAACAUGAGUUUCGUCUACAAACAGAUGAAAUGGGCACAAAAGUUCUAGAGUAUGAACUGAAG